AUGGUGUCCAAAUUCAUGAAGAAAAGCCCAAGCAAGUCGAUCGCCACCAAGCGCCGUCACCACCGCCGCUCCUCCGCGAAGAAAGCCGCGACCGCCGCCUCCACCGCCGUCCUGUCCUCGCUGAUCACGUGCCAGCGCCGCCUCAUCAAGCUCUUCAACAAGCUCGCGCGUGUCGGCACGCCCAACCGCCACAAAGGCUUCAAGAUCCUCAAGAAGACCGCCGCCCACGACCCGACCCGACCCGAACCCACCGCCCCGGUUCGCCGCGAGCUCUUCCUCGCCGGCGGCCCGCUCCCGCCGCAGGAGUCGCCGGAGAAGAAGACGAUCGUGCUCGAUCUCGACGAGACCAUGAUCCACUCGCAGGCCGGAGCGCCGCCGGAGAAUUACGACUUCGUCGUCCGGCCGAGGAUCGAUGGCAUGGUGCUGGACUUCUACGUCCUGAAGCGGCCCGGAGUCGACGAGAUGCUGGAGAAGCUCGGGGAGAAGUAUGAGGUGGUGGUGUUCACGGCGGGGCUGAGAGAGUACGCUUCGUUGGUGCUGGACCGGUUGGACCGGAAGCGCGUGAUCUCCCACCGCCUGUUCCGCGACUCGUGCAAGGAGGUGGAUGGGAAGUUUGUGAAGGACUUGUCCGGUUUGGGGAGGGACUUGAGGCGCGUGGUGAUUGUGGAUGACAAUCCGAACUCGUAUUCGCUUCAGCCGGAGAAUGGGGUGCCGGUCCGGCCGUUUUUGGAUGACAUGGCGGACCGGGAGCUGGGGAAGUUAGUGGAGUUUUUUGAAGGGGAGCAAUGUGAGGAUAUGAGGGAUGCUGUGAAGGACUAUGUUGCUGCUGCUGGGGAUUGUGGAACCGAAAAUGGCAAUGAAUUCGAAACUUUGCAGACUUGAAACUUCAUUUGAUUUUCUGUGGUGUAAAGUUGAACAGGCAUGUUCAAUUUCGAUUUGAAAUCUGUGUUGCCACACAAAAGGUUUAUGGUUUAAGUAAGUUGUUCAAUUAGUGGAAUCUGUGUGUUGUCUAUUGAAUUGUAUACUUGAAUGCUGCUGCUGCUACUACUACUACUAUUCAUUAGUACCAGGAUAUACAGAACAAUUGUUC